ACAGCAGGGUCCCGGCGGUCGGGCGGCGCGGCACGCAGCGCUCCAGGCCGGAGUUCCGCACGCCCGCCGCUGGGUGCGGCGAGGACUCGCGGCAGCGCCUGCCUCGGUGGCCGCGCUGGUGGGAGUCGAAGGCAUUUCAAAGCGCCUAAGCCAUGGUGGCCAAACAGCGGAUCCGGAUGGCUAAUGAGAAGCACAGCAAAAACAUCACCCAGAGGGGGAACGUAGCCAAAACCCUGAGGCCUCAAGAAGAGAAAUAUCCAGUAGGACCAUGGCUGCUGGCACUGUUUGUUUUUGUUGUAUGCGGCUCAGCUAUCUUUCAGAUCAUCCAGAGCAUCAGGAUGGGCAUGUGAGAAAGCCCCGGGUUCGAGGCUGCCUCACUCCUGCUGGAAGGCAGAGGACCGCAUACACUUUUAGCCAGGUGUCUGUGGGAAGCACGCAAGCUGUGCAGAAUAGAAAGAAGGCUCCCUUGAUUGUUCCUGAUCAUUUCAUCUUGGAUGUCAGGCCAAAUUGCCUUCUCACAGGACAUCUUGGUGUGUCCGUGCUCCCAAGCGGAAAGGACAUUGGACUUUUCUGUUGACUGGAUCGGCAGCUCCUGGCUGUCUGCAGCCGCGCUGUGUGUGGUUUUUCCUUGGUUUCACUCAUGUCUGCAUGUGGCCCUCUGAACGAUUGCUGGUUUACCUUCUACGGAUACAGUCUCGCCUCC